UUGGUUUUCAAUCGAAUGCCAUUGAUUAUCCUUUUGCUCAACUUUUAAAUGUGUUCCUCAGCUUUGAAACACGAUGGGCAAGUGUGUUUUAGGAGUGGGAAACACUGCAAAGCCAAGCCAUUGCAUUGUGGGGAUGUUUUUACCACACAUGAGGUCUGACGGAAUUUUGUUCCUCCUGACCCAGGAGCUGAAGCUGCCCUCCUACAAGGGCCAGUCCCCUCAGCUAAGUCUCCGACGGUAUCUUGCUGACCUGAUUGCCAUUGUGAGCAAUCGCUUCACGCUCUGCCCUUCUGCGCGACAUCUUGCUGUCUAUCUGCUCGACCUGUUCAUGGAUCGCUAUGACAUCUCUAUCCAGCAGCUGCACUUGGUAGCGCUUUCCUGUCUGCUGCUAGCAAGUAAAUUUGAAGAAAAAGAAGACAGUGUGCCUAAACUGGAGCAGCUCAACAGCUUGGGCUGUAUGACUAACAUGAACCUAGUGUUAACAAAACAAAAUUUGCUACAUAUGGAACUAUUGCUAUUGGAGACCUUUCAGUGGAACCUCUGCCUCCCAACAGCUGCCCAUUUCAUUGAGUAUUAUCUGUCUGAAGCAGUACAUGAAACAGACCUGCAUGAUGGCUGGCCGAUGAUUUGCUUGGAAAAAACGAAACUCUACAUGGCUAAAUAUGCGGACUACUUCCUGGAGGUGUCCUUGCAAGAUUAUGCCUUUCUAAAUUAUGCACCUUCUUUAGUAGCUGCUGCAUGUGUGGCUUCUUCAAGGAUUAUUCUCCGUCUUUCUCCCGCGUGGCCUACAAGACUGCAUCGUCUCACUGCUUACUCCUGGGACUUCCUGAUGCAGUGCAUUGAACGGCUGUUGAUCGCUCAUGAUAAUGAUGUGAAGGAGGCAAACAAGCAGAGAGGGCAAGCAGGAUCUCAAUCAGCACAAUUAAGUAUGUUCCAGACAACCUCCCAGUCCUCCAGGCCAAUUCACUUCCAGCAACCCCACUAUCUCCAUCAGACGCCCCUGCAGUAUCGCCAUCCAGUGUCAGAACCACCAAGCUGUCAGCAGGUUGUGUCCACCACACACACCUCAUCUUACACAUUACAGACCUGCCCUGCGGGCUUCCAAACUAGUGUUCAGGGCCUUGGGCACGUGCAGACUGGUGUGGGCAUGUCACUAGCAAUCCCAGUAGAAGUGAAGCCCUGCCUGAGUGUUUCCUAUAACCGGAGUUACCAGAUAAAUGAACAUUAUCCUUGCAUUACUCCAUGCUUUGAAAGGUGAUUGUGUGUGAAGGUAAUACCUACCCAGACAGUUGUGUGACUUGAAGUUUUUAAGAACUCUCCAAAAGGAAAGGGAGUUAAAUGGCAUCGGAACACUUCAGAUACCAACUCCAGGAAGACGGAAUAUCCUUCAGUGAACCCUGAACCCCUGAGAAGACUGAGCAAACUCUGCAAGCCCUCGACUACCGUGUACAUCAGAUCUUGUUACAACGCAUGCCUGCAGGACCAAGACUUUCAAGUCUUGGCUGAUGGUCCAAAUAUUUCAAAACUAAUACAGCAAAAAAUUUGGACCUUCCCCUCUUCACCAUAUUGAGCUUUGACUUGUGUGGGCCCGGCCAAAUGUUGGCCUAAAUGUCAGAGACUAAUAUUUAUCUGUGGACUUGCCAAACAGUCUUUUAUGAAGGAAAGUUACAGUAUUAAUUUUUUAAGAAAUCCCUUAUUCCCCCUACAGUUUUGAAUUAUAUUUUUGAUUUAUGAAUUUUUGACCAAGUUUAAAAUUGUGAUUGUUAUUCUAUACCAAUCUGUGCAGUAAAAAAUAAGAAAAAAAAUUAAGGUGAUUCUAUGUAACUCGCUAUCACCAACAGCAUUGGUAUCUGGAUUUAUAUAUCAAAGUUAAGAGUUAAGUAGAUGUCUUAACUUAAAAUCACGGUCAUAAUUUUUUUGCUUUUUUCCCUAAAUGAUCAACCUCAAAUCUUCACAAUAAAACACGUUUAACUCAGGGAAUGUAUGCUACUUAGAAACACUUAAUUCUAAUGGAACAUGCUUUGGGAAUGUUAACAGUACGAGCUACCUUUCCAAAGUAGGCUACAAUACUCAUGAUAGGAUGUGUUUUCAAUUGGGAACAUACAUUGUAGCUUCAAAUGAAUGAAGUAGUUCCUAAAGUGCAUAUGUGGGCUUUGCAUUUCCUUGUGCAAGCAAUAAUCUUAGAUUUGAUAUCACCCUAUUAAAGAUGCUUUUUCAAGAGAAGACAAAUUGUCACUACUAGAAUAAGGUUCUGUAGGUUUAUUUUGGAGCGGAGCGUGGCCAGGAUAGUUCUCAGGUUGUGCUAAAGUAGCACUUGGUUCUGUUACGUGGAAGACAUUUCCUGAACAACCUUUGAAUCCAGCUUGUCAGUCUGAACAGGCAAUAAAUACCAAUUAGUCCAUUUCAAUAGCUACUUUUGUUGGAUUGGCCCAAGACUGUUCUGGAAUGUUGACAAUUUGCUAGUAAGUGAAACAGCCGUUACAACAGGGCAAUUUGGGAGUAAAGAGUUUUGGGAAAUCUAAAAGUAUAAAAAAAUCAUCGUACUAACUGGCAAACUAUACAUUGUAUUUUUAUAAAAAAAGGUUUGGUGGGGAAGCUUUCCGGUUUAGAAAGUAGUGAGGUGUCUGUGUUUUUGAAGAUGGCACUUGAAUCGAAGGAGCCUGCGUGGCAGAGCCGUCAUUGCCACACUGCAUGGGA